AUGACUCUCGCUGAGCAGAAAGAGGCUAUUCGCCGAUUAGCCUCCAAAAACGGUGUCUUGGUUGAAAUGGAGGAUUACAUUGAAGCAUCAGAUGCUAGGCUAAAGGAGAUGAAAGCAGAGGCAAAGAGAAUUUCCGCAAAACUGCCAAAAGCAUUGGAAGAAUUUUGGAAGAUCUUAGAAGAUCCAUAUAGGACUGGAGUGGAGAAGUACUAUGAUCUACAGAGAGUCAAAAUUCACGAUCCUGCU